AGCAAAUUGAACAGGUUGCAAAUUCUUUCUUCUCUUAAACAACACCGUUCGAUCGACGUCACAAACUAAAGAGAGAGUCAAAUUUAGAAAGGCUUCGAAGACAUCGUUGUCAAAUUUUGGAACAAUUUUCCCUAUAUAGAGCAAGCACAAUGGCUGCAUCUGCAAUUACUGAAUCCGAUCUCAAAGGAAGCCUUCCGCUUGUUGCUCGAGGCAAAGUACGAGAUCUUUAUGCCGUCGAUGACCAAACCUUACUGUUUGUUGCGUCGGACCGCAUCUCAGCAUAUGAUGUGAUUAUGCAGAAUGGUAUCCCUAACAAAGGCGCUCUUCUCAACCUCCUCUCAGCGCAUUGGUUUGCUGUCUUGACAGAUGCAAUCCCUGACCUUCGCACACACCUUGUGUCUCUUGCUAUUCCGAGCUCAGUUCCAAAGCAUAUCCACCCGCAGCUUCAAAAUCGGAGCAUGCAGGUUCGGAGACUCCAGAUCUUUCCCAUUGAAGCCAUCGUCAGAGGUUACAUUACCGGCAGCGCAUGGAAGGAGUAUCAGAAGAGUGGAACUGUGCAUGGUAUCAAGGUGCCGGAGGGACUGAGAGAAAGUGAAGAAUUCCCUGGUGGAGCGAUUUAUACCCCUAGCACAAAGGCUGAGGCUGGGAAGAAUGAUGAGAACAUUCAUCCGGAUGCUGCUGCUGCUAUUGUUGGCGAGAAAUACGCAAAGAGAAUUGAGGAGCUCGCUUUGAAGCUUUACAAGACGGCCAAAUCAUAUGCAAAGGAAAGAGGCAUUAUAAUUGCCGACACGAAAUUUGAGUUUGGGCUUGAUCCUGCCACGGAUGAGAUUGUGCUUGUGGACGAAGUUCUGACGCCAGACUCGUCUCGAUUCUGGCCUGCUGCUUCUUACGCGAUUGGCCAGGGCCAAGAUAGUUUCGACAAACAGUUUCUCAGAGACUGGUUAACGAACUCAGGUCUCAAGGGCAAGGAAGGGGUUUCCAUGCCUGAGGAGAUUGCCAAACAGACGGCAGAGAAGUACCAGGAAGCGUUUGAACGGCUGGUCGGUCACAAGUGGGCCGAUGCCCUGACCGGAAAAUCAGCGACAGCAUAAGCAACGACUCGAUCUAUUCAGGUCCGGAGGGCCAAUGCAAUUCUCGCUUGCCGGACUAUGUGUCUAAGCCAAGUGGCUUGCGAACCUGCCCUGUGGCUUAGAAACUUUCUUUUUACACGACUCAAGUCAAUAACGAUGACCGGUAUAUACAAAAAAUAAAC